AUGGAACGGCAGGUGUACCAAACAACUUCUGAGUGGGAUGAUCCAGCGAAGGAUCGCUUUAAAUACAACCCUGCUUUUCUUCGAGAUAAACAUGGCAUUUUUAAGAUUAUUGAAAUAAUUCUGACCAUUUGCGCCUUCAUUUGUGUUGGGUCGCACUUUACUUUUCGUGACAGUGGCUCCGGUGGAUGGAUUAAUUUCACGUUGUCGCUCUCUCUCAUCAUCUCCCUCUUCUUCUUCUUCGGCUAUCUCUUCAACCUCAUUCCCUUCCUUCCCGGACCAUGGGCUAUCAUUGACUUCGUUUGCCAAUGCCUUCUCGCCUUCCUCAUCCUCAUCUCGAUGAUUGUCGCCGCGGCAUUUUCUCCCUACUCCUCUGCGGCGAUUGCAGCAGCGCUGUCUUGCCAACAACUUGAGUGGCUCGUUUUCGCCAGGGUGUCACGAGAUUUGGCAGCCGUGACUCUCGCCUGCGAAUCGAACGCCUCUUUUUCUUCGGGCAGACUCGUGUUCUGCGCAUUCUUGUCGUUGUGCUAUCUCAUUGAGACUCUGAUUCGAUUCUCCGUUAAACGCGAGGGUGAUAGAAUGGUUAUUACCACCCAUGGCGUCUUUCGAAGCAGUACAUCUGGUGGCGCUGCCUUUCAACGAGCACCCACAGAACCUGCUACCGAUGGCUACGGAAUGCCUUGA